UUGACACGGCCACAAGUCACAAGUCGUAUGUGUCCUUCUCUUCCUUCCUAUUCUCUGGCUAGCUACCGCCAAUCCAUCCAUGGACUUGGUUCCAAAGCAACAGCAGCACAAGGGAAUGGAGAAGGGGGAGGAAGGGAUGAUCUUGGUGGCGCACGGCGACCGGAGCUUUGGCCAAGGCAGCGGGCACAGGAGUGAGAUCAAGGAGGUCGACUUCUUCUCCACCGGCGGUGCUCGCCGCAGGAACGACGACGACGGUGGGGAUGGGACGAGCCGAGAGCCAGGAGCAGUUGCCCGAGGUGAUAACAUGGUCAACACUGCGCUGGACCUGCUGACCACGGCGGCGGCGACGGCAAUAACCGGCGGCGAGGGGAAGGCGGCCGUGACAGCCAGUGAACACAAAGAGGCGGACGUGGCGACGGUGGAGCGGAAGCUCCGGCAGGCCGGGGAGGAGAACCGGCGGCUGCGGCGGAUGCUGGAGGAGCUCACCCGCAGCUAUGGCGCGCUCUACCAUCAGCUCAUCCAAGCUCAGCAGCUGCAACAGGCCAACAGCGCACCAAACUCGACGCUACAGGCAGUGAUGCCAGGCGGGGUGCAAUUCGUGGACCCCCGCAUGUCUCCGGCGACAAGAGCGGCGCCGCCGUUUGACGGUGACAGGGCGAAUUCCGACGGCGGCAGCGGCGGCGAGGCAGACGACAACAGGAGGUCAGUGCGACAGGAUGGGACUGGGACGCCUGAGCGCGGGAAGAACGCCGAGCGGGCACCGGCGGUGGCACAGGCGCCGUGUCGGAGAGCGAGGGUGUCGGUGCGUGCGCGAUCCGAGGCCGCGAUGAUCAGUGAUGGGUGCCAAUGGAGGAAGUAUGGGCAGAAGAUGGCCAAGGGUAACCCUUGCCCGAGAGCUUACUACCGCUGCACAAUGGCCACAGCAUGCCCCGUCAGGAAGCAGGUGCAGCGGUGCAAGGAGGACAAGGCCGUGCUAAUCACGACGUACGAGGGCACCCACAACCACCAGCUGCUGCCGGCGGCCGCCGCAAUGGCCCAGACCACCUCCGCCGCGGCCGCCAUGCUCCUCUCGGGCCCCGCCGUCAGCCGCGACGCCGGUGCGCUCUUCGCCGGCCACCACGUCGCGGCCCCGGCGCCGCUCUUCCACCCCUACGCGUCCGCCAUGGGCGCCACGCUCUCCGCCUCCGCGCCGUUCCCGACCAUCACCCUCGACCUCACCCACCCGCCGCCGGCGUCGUCAGGGGGACUACUGCUCCACCAGCACCGCCCGCCGUCCAUCCCCGCGAUGCAACUCCCGAUGUACGGCUUGCCCGGGCAGUACAGGCCGGUGCUUCCGCCGCCGCCGCCGCCUACGGCCGUCGGGAGGGACGACGGGAGGCCGCGGUCGGCGCUGGAGACGAUGACUGCCGCGAUCGCCAGCGACCCCAACUUCACCACGGCACUGGCGGCCGCGCUCUCGUCGAUCAUGGCGCGAGGCUCUGAAGCAGCUCCCCGCAGCGGCGCCUGUGAAGCCGGAGACGGUAACGACGAAGGCAGCACUGAGCUCGCCACAGGGGUGGCGGCGGCAGCCGGAGCACGUGAGACGGCCUUGCAUACACUUCUACAAAGACUACAUGACGGCCGGCAUUGACAUGGGAAUCAAGGCUAGCUUACAACCAUCCGGAUUCUGUCCAUCCACUCAUAUACUUCAGGAUCGGGAUCCUCCGACUUCGGCCCGUGCAGUCACCGCUCCAUCCGCCGUUGAUUAGCAAUCAUGCGGCUCCUGUGCUGUGCGCUCGCUGAACGGGCCACAGUGCCCAUUGCUUUCAGCCUGUUGCUUGUUAUUGCCUUAACACUUGCUGCUGAAAGUCUGAAACCAAAUGCAUCCUGGAAGUAACGCCGUAUGUACGCACUGGUUUUGUACGGUGUAUACUGUAUAGUCUCGCUGUUGUACAUGAAUUAUACUUGAGAAUCUUAUAGAGGCGA